CUGCGCGCGGAGAGCGGCCCGGGAGAGCCGGGGAGCGGCAGCGGGAGCGGGGCGCCAUGGCCGCGGUGACGAGGGGCACCGCGACGCGCCGCAGCCGCCUGAAGCGCUCGGACGGCAGCACCACCUCCACCAGCUUCAUCCUGCGGCAGGGCUCAGCAGAUUCAUACACGAGCAGACCCUCAGACUCUGAUGUCUCUUUGGAAGAGGACAGGGAAGCAAUCCGCCAGGAAAGGGAGCAGCAAGCAGCCAUCCAGCUUGAGAGGGCCAAGUCCAAACCAGUAGCAUUUGCUGUCAAGACCAACGUGAGUUACUGUGGAGCUCUGGAUGAAGAUGUUCCUGUCCCAAGCACUGCCAUCUCCUUCGAUGCCAAGGACUUCCUCCACAUUAAAGAGAAAUACAACAAUGACUGGUGGAUAGGGAGGCUGGUGAAGGAGGGCUGCGAGAUCGGCUUCAUCCCGAGCCCGCUGCGCCUGGAGAACAUCCGCAUCCAGCAGGAGCAGAAGAGGGGCCGCUUCCACGGAGGGAAAUCUAGUGGGAAUUCUUCUUCAAGCCUUGGAGAGAUGGUUUCUGGCACAUUUCGAGCCACACCUACAGCCACAGCAAAACAGAAGCAAAAAGUGACAGAACAUAUUCCCCCCUAUGAUGUAGUGCCAUCCAUGAGACCUGUGGUGUUGGUGGGCCCAUCACUCAAAGGCUACGAGGUGACAGACAUGAUGCAGAAAGCUCUCUUUGACUUCCUGAAGCACAGGUUUGAUGGGAGGAUAUCCAUAACCAGAGUGACAGCUGACAUCUCCCUUGCCAAGAGGUCUGUGCUCAAUAACCCCAGCAAGAGGGCGAUAAUCGAGCGCUCCAACACCAGGUCCAGCCUAGCUGAAGUGCAGAGUGAGAUUGAAAGAAUCUUUGAGCUGGCCAGGUCCUUACAGCUGGUUGUCCUGGAUGCAGACACUAUAAAUCACCCUGCACAGCUUAUCAAGACAUCUCUAGCACCAAUUAUUGUCCAUGUGAAGGUGUCCUCUCCAAAGGUUUUGCAGCGAUUGAUCAAGUCCAGAGGGAAGUCACAAAGCAAACACUUGAAUGUCCAGUUGGUGGCAGCUGAUAAACUUGCACAAUGCCCACCAGACAUGUUCGAUGUGAUCCUGGACGAGAACCAGCUGGAGGACGCCUGCGAGCACCUGGCCGAGUACCUGGAGGCCUACUGGAGAGCCACCCACACAUCCAGUGCCACGCCCAUGACCCCCCUGCUGGGCAGGAACCUGGGAUCCACCGCCCUGUCCCCGUAUCCCGCCGCAAUCUCCGGCCUGCAGAGCCAGCGCGGGAGGCACGGCAGCCACUCCACGGAGAACUCGCCCAUCGAGCGGCGCAGCCUCAUGACCUCCGACGAGAAUUGCCACAACGAGAGGGCUCGGAAGAGCAGGAACCGCUUGUCUUCCAGUUCCCAGCACAGCCGAGACCACUAUCCCCUCGUGGAAGAGGAAUACUCUGACCCCUACCAGGACUCGUAUAAACCCCACCGGAACCGCGGCUCCCCCGGCGGAUACAGCCACGACUCACGGCACCGGCUCUGAGUGCGGGGACCUGGGGAAAAACAGGAUUCAUCCGUUCAUACCUUACCAUAACGUAGCUAGGAAUAACAAUUAGAUCAAGUUAAUUUGGCAGGUGUGACAGCGACACUGCAGUUGCACUCUGCUGUCAUUGAUGUUUAAUUAGGGGGCAGCAAAACCCAGCCCGGCCCUUCCGUUUCUGCCCGAUCAUAGAGGUUUGUUUUUGGGAUUAUUUUUGGGUUUAAUACAGCAUUUGCAUUUAUAGCCAUUUUUUUUUCUUGUCGUUCGGUAUUAGACACAUCCGUUUGUAAUUUCGGGUACUUAUCGAGGCACUUAUAAAAUAAUUUCCUGUGCUGGAAAUUCCAAAUGACCAGUUCCAGUUGGAACCAAUUUAUAAACCAAUUCCUGUUGGAAUUUGGGUGAAUUGACUGGAAAGUCGACGUGAGCAUGUUGGGGGAAAAAAAAAAAACAAAUACAAAGAAAAAUCUGAAAAUUACAAACCACUGGAAGUCAGAAAGUCAGCUCCAGUAUUUGUUUGCUGGGAGCUCAAUUUCCAUUUCAGGUUAGAAUAAAAGGAUUUAUUCUAACGAUUUCUUUCCAGAAUGACUUUUUCAGACAAACCAAAUGUAAACUCUCGAGAGUGCCAAAUAUCCCAAAUUAUUGCAGCAGUUACAAAACACUUUCCAGUUUGAAAUUAUUUUUAGACCUGGCAUGAAUGUUGCAGCCAAAUGAUUCUUGAGUUCAGCCAGUCCUGACAGUCGGGACCAGCAGGGAGGAACUGCGACAGGAGACGGGAAACAGGGACAGGAAAAGGAACAAACUCCAUCAUUUGUGUGCUUGGAGGUUGGGAAUAGUCUUUUUUUCCCACUCUUUUUACCUGAAUACAGCUAGAAGUCCCAAAAUGGAACAGGAGUAUAGAGACAUCAGAUUUUUCUCCCAUUUUUAUCCUGCUUUUUAAAUGGAAUCAAUCCCUUCCUGUGACCCAGUGUGUAGAGUACCUACAUUCCAGUACCCUGAGUACCUGCCUACAUGUUCCAUCUUCGCAAAUCCACCUCUGAAUGUCCGACAAUUCCAGUGGCGCACAAGAACUCUCCAGAAGAUCCAUUGCAGCCAUGAAAUCCGAGGGGAGGGACUGGGGUUAAGCAGUCAUCAGUGAUGAACAUUUCAAACAACAUCUUGGUCAGAAUUGCAAUAAAAAGGGAAUAUCAGACAAAAAUCUGCUCACAGGGAAGUUGUGGAGCUGAUUCCAAGCUUUGGAUUCCAAGAGCUAUGAUAAAUCCUUGGAGAUAUUGCUGCCUUACUUCCUAACAAUCAUUUCUUUCACCUCCUGAGUCUUGAGUUCCUUCCAAGAGAUGAAUUCCUGUGGUUGGACCUUGUGUUUUACACCAUCAGUGAAGCCUUAGAUCCCACGGGAUUGAAAACUGACCCGUUGCCCGUUUUGUACAACCACUGACAUCUUCAGGCAGAGCCUCCCGAAAUUCCCCAGCGCACACAUUCCCUGGCAUUGACACAGUUAUGCUGAACAUGCAUUUGUUUAUGCAGGUUCAUGUCACAACUAUUUUUUUUUUUCUCAAAAAUAAGGAUCAUUAACCUUUUUAUUUGCUUGUUUUCCUCCCAAAGCCUGCUGACACCAGGCUUUGACAGCAUGUAGCACUAAAGGAAUUUCUGGAAUAUUCCGGUUUCUUCCACUUCCUGGACCAGCUGGCAAAGACUGCUGGUGCUUCCAGCAUCCUGGAGUCUGAUUAUCCUCUUGAAGUUACUGGGAAAAGUAAUCCAUGUCCUUUGUGGGACACCCACGCCCAUCUCCAGCAGCAUUAAAAGGUGGCAGACACCUGAUUAAUUAAUCAAUCAUUUUAAUGACCCCACUGCCUAACAGGCAGCUCCAGUACCACUGGGUGAUCCCAAUGGACCAGUUACCAAGGAAAAUAUGGAAAUCUCUGCAUCCACUGGAGUCCCAGAGUUCUGGAUGGAUCUGCCAGACCUGAUCCUAGCCGAUUCCCUCUGGCUGCAGAUGCCAGAGGAGCUCUUGAGGCUGAGGGAACACAGCAGGACCCGGCCUGGGACUGGCAGCUGCAGCUGCCUCCGCCAGGAUUUUGUGCUGCAGCACAGUGGAGCAUCCUCCAGGAAGUUUUCCAGACCAUUUUCCAUGUACAGCACCCAGACCUGCAUGAGAAAGGAGGCGUUAGGUGACCCAUUCUUCUCUGAGCUUUCCCCAGUCCCUUGUUCGUGCAUUGAAGUCCUGAUUGCAGGGGAGCUGUAGAACCCUGGGCAGCAGCUGCUCCUCUUUAUUCUGCAGUAGAUUAGGGAUCAGCUCAUUAGCUGCUUGAGGAGAUUUGCAUAUUUGCAUAUUUGCUGCAAAGCACCGACAUAGAUUUCCUAGAGCCUUUCGGAGCCUUGUUUUAAGUCUUCCAUGUCACACCAGGUGAGGGAAGGAUCCCCACCCACCACGCACCUGCACAAUCCCAUCACCUGAACAUCUCAAGUGCCAAAAUGACUCGGGUUUGACAAAAACAAACUUGUGAGGGAAGUCAGGGGUGGGCCUGAGGUAAUUUAUUCCAUGGGGUUAAGCUGCCUUGACUCCUGGGUGUCCUGAGUUUCUCCCAGAGCCCAUUCCAUUGUAACACAAGGAACCAGGGGCCCUGCAGGUCUCAUUCCUUGCCAGGGUGUUUAAUUCUUUGAAAAGAGAUAUUCUUUAAGUACAAAUACACCAACCAUGCUGGGAGACUCAGCAUUUAUUGCAGGUACUAUGGGCAGUCUUGGUUUGAAAAAGGAAUUUCUGUUUAGGACGCAGUAAGGAGUGCAAGCUGUGCUGGGGAUCAGCAUUGGUAACUCCGUGUUCCUGGUGGGAUUCCAGCACUGCUGAGCUGCUCUGUUGUGAUUCAGUUGAAAUUGUGGAGUUCAUGUGCUCCUGACUGAAUCGAUCCAGCCUCAUUCUCCAGUCCUCACAUCAUUUCUUGUUAUUAAAAUAAUGCUAAAAACCAGAGCUCUAUUCUAAGCUCUGGCACAGACAGAGGGUUUAGAAAUGUUUAUAAAACAGGGAUUUUUUUUUUAAAGUUUUGUUGCUGUCUGAGUUUCUCAUUCAGACACUUUAGGAUUAACAAGGAUUUAACCAAUCAAGGUGAUAACAACCUUUAAAGAGAAAAUUCAGCACGUUCUUACGUUUGCGAAUCAAUUAUUUAAUUGUUAACCUUAGAAUUUCAAAUACUUUCUCCCUGGAGUUGUAUUUAACAUGUACAGAUUCUUUUCCUGAUGCCAAACACUUCUCCCAUGGGACGUGCAACUCACAGCUGCUGAUAUUUGUAACUUCAGUUUGAUGCCAGAUCUUCUGAAUUCAGUUUGGUCUCAGCACCACAGAAUUCCCUGGAGCAUCCAGAAUCUCCUGUCUUUACUGACUUCACCAUUCCAAAAUAAUAUUUUUAUUCCUGUUGUUCACAGCACACUGAUUUGGGUAAGUCAGAGGUUCUGAUGCUCUUUUUUCUUUAAUAAUACAUUAAAUAUGUCUUCUGUAGUAUUUUCUUUCACAAAUUCAGUACUUCUGAAACUUGUCCUUGAUCCCACACUCCUGAUUUUUUUUAAGGCAAAAUAAUUGGAGACUACAAAUGAAAAAAUCAGAUGCAUAUUUUAUAAAAUGCCAUUUAUCCAAACCUGGGUUUACUCCUAAAAAUGUACAUUUUAAAAUCCAGUUCUAUUACCCCUGUUGGUGUCAGUCCAGGUUUGGGUCCCUGGGAUUCUGCUGCCAUGUAUUUUGUUGGAGUUGCCUCUCAUUCCCUCAAACAUGAGUCCCACAAAGGCUGCAGGACCCUGUAAUGCAGCCAAGCUUAACUCUGGGGAAAUGGAGUUAAAAUGAUCCUAAAAGAGAAUGUGGUGUCGUUUGAAUAACCUUGGUGAGGUUGUUACCACACCCAGUUUAUUUUAUAUAGAAAAAUAAAGGCAUGUCUUUAAAAAGAAAGGGAAAUCUUAAUAAAGUUGUAAAACGUAUGUACGGCAUUAACUCAAAGAAAAAGGUGAAAAUGCUACUUAGGAGUGAAAUUUCAGAUUUCUUUCACUGUGUGUGGAAUCCACUCAAGAAGUCAGGAGAAAUAUUGUGAUUAAAUCCAUCCAGAGAAUUUGGGGAGGAGGUAGAAAUCAUUUCAGAUGUGAGUAAGUGUCACUCCUUUAUUCCUUUGAAACUGGGAGCAGCCUUGGCUUGGCCUCAGGAUGCUUUAUGGACCUGCCUCGGGAAUUUGGGAAACCAAAUUCCUUGGCAGUGAGUUCCUGUCCGGACAUCCUACGGACACCAACUCCUGUCUUGUCCAAGAGCAAGGUGUGCCCAGGAAUGGUGAUCCCCUGCCUUAUCAAUAUUGCCUGGAAAACAAACUGUAAUUACCUGUAAGAUCCCCGUGUUGGAGCUGCUCUGCAGGCGCAGCAGAGAAUCCACAGAGCUCAAAGUUCUCUCUUUUGCCAACGGUGUAAAAACAGAGCAAGGGAAAAGAAGCACAUCUGUAAUAGCACAAAUUUACAGCAAUUCCACUCCUGCAUCUGGCAUCGUGUUUUUGGAACCAAGGGGGAGAUUUCUGAUCCAGCAUCAGUGGAUUUAUUGCAUUUUUGAUCUGUUUACUCGCUGCCUGAUACUUCAGCAGUUGAUUUUGGCAUUUUGCACAUGGGAUUGAUUUCUCAAUAACUUGUUUCCCUUCCAUAUUAAUUAAUUAAUGACAAACAAAAAGAGCCUUUUAAAAUCACAAAGCCCACUGCAUUCAUUUCUGCUCAUUUCCUCCUGGAAGCUGAAAUCAUGUGAAUAACUUUAAUUUUGGCCAAUGUGUGGAUUUGGGAUGUGACUGGUGGACCCACCAGUAGCCCAAGGUCGGGAAUGAAACACUCCCAGUAGAUGUUCGUGGGGACACAGAGCUUGGAGGUGGGGGAGGGGAGAGCAUCACAGCACCCAAAAUUCCCGAGAAUUGCAAACCUGAUGGGAGGUGAGGUUAAGGAAUGUGUGCGUGGGCCCAGGUGUGUUUAGGAUUGGGACACACCUGAUCGAUUCCCUUCUGGUGCAGACAGGGAGAGUCAGGCAAGAAUAAUGCAGAUUGUGUGGAACCAGAGCGGGGAGAAUGUUGGGAUCAGCCAUUCCAACUGCAAACUCCGGACCUUGGGCUUCUCACAUCCUGGAAAAUCUCUGUUUCUCAGCCAAACUGGUUCCCAGUGAGAGCCUGGCAGUGCUGCCUCACUGGGAGCCAGUUCAGAGCCACACUGGUGAAGACAUUACUGCCUUUACUGGGACAGAGCCACCCCAAAAUUGUGUUUUCUGCUGAUUUUCCCUUUGUUUUGCCCUAUAGGCCCUGUGUGUGUAGCACCCGACCAGGCAUGUGGGUACCAUAUACUAUGCAAUGUGUACAGUGGUGCAUGCUCUGCUCUCCCUCUGCUUUUAGUGGCUUUCAAAGAAAACUACAAAAACUAAAAAAAAAAAAAAAAAAAAAAAAAAAAAAGAAAAAGGAAAAAAAAAUAAAGUGGUGUUAUUUUUGUGACCAGGAUCAUGCAGACUGCAUGCCCAUAGUUAUCCUCAUUUCUAUGGAUUUGUUUUAUGGAAUUUAGAUGUACAAAGAUGAACUGCAUUACAAUAACUUUUCUACAAUAAAUGAACAAAACUACAAAGCGUUUAAAAGUC